UUCAAAACGCGAUAAGCGCCAUUUUUGAAAAAAAUGAGAUAAGGUGCCCAUAUUGUAAAGCUACUCAGUUACUAUUAGGAAAACUUAAUUUUAAUCUUCACGGCGCAAAAUUUUCAUUUUAUUUCUAUUUUUGAAAAAAACGUUUGGUUUCAAAACGCGGCAUUGUCGAUUUUAUUUAGCGUCAAAAUGCGGUAUCGAUUCGGACCAAUCCGGGUAAAUAUUACUAUUUAUCUGCGCAUGCGCAUUAAGCAUCUCUAAGUGAAACAAUUGUUAAAAUGGCGGACUUUGAUGGUCACGACGAAAGUGUUGUACUGACAUUUAAGUCCAGAAAAAAGAAGAGGUCAUGCACAGAAAGAGAAAAAGAAAAGAUCUUUCGUCAUUCAGGAGAAGGAAUGAUCCCGUCCAUUUCGUGUAAUCAUAUUAAAGGAUUCUGCAAGGCUCAAGAUAUAACACCUGAUGACCUGGUGAAAUGCCAUGCAGAUUUUUACAGCAAACUGGACAAAGUGUCACAAGAUGCUGCUAUAGUAGCUUUGCUUGAUGCGGACAACACGAAAAGAGUGAAUGAUCAGAGGAAAAAAACAAGACACAUGACGAUCAAAUACUUUCUUUGUAGUGAUGGAAACAAGCUGCAAGUUUGCCAGUCUUCUUUUUGUUCAGCAUUGUGGAAAAACUGGGAUUCAUUCAACACAAAGGAGCCUGGAAAAAAGAACUGUGUAAAGGUGGCUAAAAAGACAGAUGUUCUUUGUGUUCUCGAAGCCGUAGGAGUGGAGGAGAGAAUAAAGAUUUCUUAUGAGGCACUGCUAUGUGAUGCUACUGAGGAUGUUGCUCAUUCUAACUCUGAUGUAGAUAGUGCCUAGUUUGUCUGAGUUAUUUAUUUUUUCUUGCUUCACUCAUUUUUGUUUUCAACCUUUUUUUUUUUAUUUCAUACUAUUUCUUUUACAUUUUAUGAUUGUAGUAUAAACUAAUAAACUUUUUUCUUCUUUUAAAACUAUUUUAUGUUGACUUUUUUAGUUCUUUAGACUUUGUUAACACAGUUCAACAGUAGAAACGACAAGCUGUACUCUUCAAAUUAAAGUCUCUCGUUAGAGACUUGCAUCAUUUUGAAAAUGGUUCAAAUAACUGAAAUUACUCAAUAAAAACACUUUAUAGUAACAGAAAAACAUGGUACAAUUGUAGUAAGAUGGUAACACUGGGAAUAUAAGUGGGUUUUAAUAAAAUAAUAAACUAAAAUAUUGGA